AUGGACGAGUCCGAGGAAGAGGUCAACCCUCGCACCGAGUCGCUUCUGCGCGAACGUCAAUCCUUAACUGAUAAGCUACUGGACAAUCCAUACGACUUAGUCCUAUACCUAAGACGCGCAUUGGUUUACUCUGACUUAGCUUAUCCCGACUUAGCGGCCGGCGACGCUUACCGCGCUCUAUUAUUAACCGAUGAGGUUCGCGAUGAUAGCUUUGAAUACCAUACCCAAGCGUUCGAGGCCUUGGAAAAUCACGCGGAAGGUCCCUUUCUAGAAGUCUUGGACCAUGGCUCUUUGGCGGGAACACAGUCUCGUUUAUCCGAAUUAGAUAGCGGCGAAAAGGAUGUCCCUGCGCUUGCUUGGCUGGCGUCUAUCCGCUGUUAUCAAAUUUUAUCCUUGAACCUUCUUCUGUGCGGUUGUCUUAAAAGUGCUUACAACUUCUGUGAGCGUGGACUUGCCGUAUCGCCAGAGAACCAAGAGCUUCUAAACACGCGAAGCUAUAUACAAACAGUUGCUGAGCGUAGAAUACGCAAGCCCAUCUCCACCGCGAAUGAUCUUCCCGAUUGGGGCAUGGUGCGUAGAGAAGUAUAUCCUUGGAACAGCUAUGAACCGGAUCGGUUCUCAGACGAAUCUUUAGCCAUUCUUAACGCUGGAUUGGCUGAGAUAGCACCGAAAUGUACCGUCGAAGUAGCCCAACUCCCCAUACUACUCGGAUGUCCGAGCCGUACCGAUGGGUAUGAUAUAAUUCCGACGUGUAACCAACUCGGCGUAUUUGCCAAGGAAUAUAUUGCGCCGGGAGAAGAUGUACUUGUGGAGUACUCGUUGGUCACGGCCAAUAACCGCCUAAAGGAAUCGGUCUGUGAUGCCUGUAGUGGAGAGCUCCCACCUUUGGGGAGCGAGUCGACUGCCGUCAACUGUCCAGAAUGCUACGAUACUGUGUUCUGUACCCAAUAUUGCUAUGAGCAGGCCCAGAAACUCUACCACCCAGCAGUAUGCGACAAGGAUACAGAUUCUGUCGCCAAGGACCCAGAUGCGAAAGAAGCCGACGAAACCCUGUAUCUUCUACUGCUCGCACGUGUGUUGGCCAUGGCGGCUCACCAAGAAAUACACCCGCUUGACGUCAACCAAAUCAAAUAUAUAUGGGGAGACUUCGUUUCCUCACAGACCAAUGAGAUUGAUUUGUCGCCAAAAGCUGGCCCACCACCGGAUUGGACACUCCCCUUCUCCUUUGCUUACAACAUCGAGACACCACUCCACAUCCUUGAGAAAAUGGAUAUCGACAUUUACGCCGCUAUUGCUAAUUAUGAUAUAUGGGUGUUUAACACCCUUUAUAGCAAAUUCCGUGGCACUGCGUCGGCUCGUAAGAACCCCAGGGAUGGCCGACCCGACGUUGCCGCCGUGCACCCUUACUGGUGCCUUGCUAACCACGACUGCAACCCAAAUGUUACCUGGGAAUGGGGCGGUCGGAUGGUAUUGAAAGCACGGGAAACGCGGGUAGUUGGGAAUGCGUCGGGCGGUAUAGAAGCUGGGGAAGAGAUUCUCAACCACUACUGCGACGUGAAUUUACCCGUGAAAGAACGCAGAGAAUGGGCGCGCGGCAGUCUUGGUGGCUGGUGCAUGUGUGGUAGAUGCCGAAAUGAGGCUUCUAACUCUCAGAACAACUCCCCUGGAUAA